UGUGAUUUGAUCGUAAGGACUUGUUUACAAUAUCAAAAACAAACAAACAAACAAACAAACAACACAUAAGAGUUCGCCGGAUUUCUCCGGAUCACAACAACAGUCGCACCAUCCGGUCCGUCCGCUAAAUCCGUCCACCUCUCUGUCUGUCUCGUGUGCAGUGUUUGAAUGGGAUGUGCGCGCGCGGCGAUAGUUAAUUUAACUAAAUUAACGUCUCUGAUAAACUCGAGCAAACCCGCGAGUGUUUUACGACCCUUCGGUUCACACGGUAACAGCUGCUGUCUGCUCUCAGGAGGCGUCACCGUCACAGAGACACGACACAUGUCCAGUGAAGCCAAGAGGCUCUGCACCGAGACCAACAUGAAGAUCGGAACCCACAACGGAACCUUUCACUGUGACGAGGUUCUGGCCUGUUUCUUCCUCCGGCAGCUACCUGAGUACAAGGAUGCCGAGAUCAUUCGGACCAGAGAACCGGCACAGCUGGCAGAGUGUGACGUCGUUGUAGAUGUGGGAGGAGAGUUUGACCCAAAGAAGCAUCGCUAUGACCAUCAUCAGAGGACUUUUGCAGAGACCUUUCACAGCCUGUGUCCAGAGAAGCCAUGGGUGACCAAGCUCAGCUCAGCCGGCCUGGUCUACCUGCACUUUGGUCGUCAGCUGCUCGCCCAGCUGACGCAGCUGAAGGAGGACGACAGGCAGCUGGAGGUGCUCUUUGACAAGCUGUAUGAGAACUUUGUGGAGGAGGUGGACGCCAUAGACAACGGCAUUUCACAGUACGACGGGGAGGCCCGCUAUGCCGUCUCGACCACGCUGAGCGCACGUGUCAGCCACUUGAACCCACGCUGGAACAGCAAGAGUCAGGACACUGAGGAUGGCUUCAGAAAAGCUAUGAAAAUGGUUGGGGAGGAGUUCCUGGACCGUUUGGAGUUCUACCAGUCCGCCUGGCUGCCAGCUCGUACGGUGGUGGAGAAUGCCGUUAAGGAGAGGCAUCAGGUAGAUCCCAGUGGGGAGGUGCUUUUGUUCUCCCAGGGCGGGUGUCCCUGGAAGGAGCAUCUGUUUGCCCUAGAGAAGGAGCUCCAGGUGGAGAUGCCCAUCAAGUUUGUCCUUUACCCCGACCAGAAUGGACAGUGGAGGGUCCAGUGCGUCCCUGCUGGGCUCAACACUUUCCAGAACAGGCUGUCACUGCUAGAAGAGUGGCGCGGUGUUCGCGAUGAAGCAUUGUCGAAGCUCAGCGGGAUUAAGGACUGCAUCUUCGUCCAUGCUGGAGGUUUUAUUGGCGGGAACAAGACCCAGGAAGGAGCCCUGGAGAUGGCCCGAAGGACUCUGCAGGCCGCCGCCAAGUCCCCUGCGAAUGGAAGCAGCUGAAGGGUUAGAGAAGAUAGUCAACUGCACAUUUCGUUCUCGGGAUGGGGAAGGUAUGGAAGUGGCAGCCAAUUAACCUUGGAGCAGUUCCCUAAAUACCUACUUAUAUCCCAACACAGACUGACUCUGAAUUGUAAUGUUAAGUCAUGUUACUCUUCUCUGUUCCUGUCUUCGUACAUGUGGCUUUGUUUUGUUUCAUUUGCAAUAAAAGACUAUUUGGGUUAUA